AUUGGCAAAUUAUUGUAUUAUGUUCAAAAUUUAUAAAAAUUUAAACCGCCAAACCGAUUUACAAUUAUUUGCCAAUUCGCUCAAUCUGCAUUCGUCAAUCUGGCAUAUGGAUGCAAAUUAAUUUUUUUCAAUCCGGCAUACAGAUGAUGGAUUGAAAGUUUUCCGACUGCAACCGAACCAUGAACACCUCUACUUAAAACUGAUGUGAUCUAGAAAUAGAAAUAGAGUAAAAUUAUUGCAUAAGCAUCAUUUUUUUAAUUAUAAAAUGUUGGAAUGUUGAUAAGUUAAAUUACAAUGAAAAAAUUAAAAUCAUUUCAUCAACUUGAAUCUUAAAUUUUUAACAUUCUUAUUAUCUCAAUAAUUAAUUACAUAAAUCACUGAACCGACUGUUUUAUCCGCGUACCACUAAUUUUCUUGUUUGUGAAUAGUUUUAAAGUUGAAAUACUGAAAUUUAUGAUUGAAAUAUUCACAUAUAACUUUUGGACAAAUAAUUGCAUUAGAAGUACACCUACCUAGGUUUCCUCAUUUUUGUCUUUAUUGUCAUCAUAUCAUAUGAGAAUUGUAUCAUGUACCUACCUACACCACAGCUACCUACUGAAUUUGUGGAUUUCUCUCUCUCUCUUUUUUGUUUCUUCUCUAAUAUGGAAGUAACAGCGAGCUCUAUUGUUACCUCCAUAGCUUUGGUAACUUUGCUAACAUGGGCAUGGAAGGUAGUGAAAUGGGUGUGGUUGAGGCCAAAGCAGUUAGGGAAGUGGCUGAGAGAGCAAGGUUUCAAGGGAAAUCCAUACAAAUUGUUGUUUGGAGACACCAAAGAGAUGAUACCAAUGAUGAAAGAAGCAAGAUCCAAACCCAUUGACCCUUGCUCCGACGAUAUUGUGCCCCAUUUUCUACCAUUCCACCAUCACUGUGUCAUUCUUCAUGGUAAAGAUUACUUUCAAUGGUUAGGCCCAACACCGAGACUAACCAUUACAGAUCCUAAACUGAUAAAGGAGAUUUUAUUUAACUAUGAAGCUUUUCAAAAGCCAGGGAUGAACCCACUUGGCAAGGUAUUAGUGACAGGGCUUCUGGGGUACGAGGGUGAGAAAUGGGCUAAGCACAGAAACCUUAUCAACCCGACUUUUCAUCUAGAAAAGUUGAACCAAAUGUUACCAGCAAUGUACUCAAGUUGUUGUGAGAUGAUAAGCAAAUGGGAGGUAUUAGUCUCAACAAAAGGGUCAUGUGAGCUUGACGUAUUCCCGUAUCUUGAGAGUCUGACAGGCGACAUAAUUUCUCGGACAUCGUUUGGUAGUAACUAUGAAGAAGGAAAAAAGAUAUUCGAACUCCAAAAAGAACAAACAGAUCUUACAAUCCAACAAUUGCAGUCGAUUUACAUUCCAGGAUGGAGGUUUUUACCAACAAAGACAAACAAGAGGAUGAAAGCAAUCUAUCAUGAAGUGGGAUCUGUACUACGCAAUAUCAUCAAUAAAAGAGAGAGAACGAUGAAAGAUGAAGAUGAAAAUAAUGACUUAUUGGGAAUACUAUUGAAAACAAAUUUGAAAGAAAUUCAAGAAAAGGGAAAUAAGAAGAAAAUCACGCUAACAAUAGAAGAGGUGAUCGAAGAUUGCAAGCUAUUCUAGCUCACUGGGCAAGAGACCACCUUGGCUUUGCUUGUGUGGACAAUGGUCUUGUUGAGUAAGCAUCAAAAGUGGCAGUCUCUAGCUAGAGAAGAGGUUUUGGCAGUAUUUGGGGAAAACAAACCAGACUUUGAUGGGUUAAAUCAGCUUAAAACUGUGAGUAUUUUCUGCAUAAACUAAUUUUUGGAAUUGUUCUCAAAUUAAUAGGACUAACUACAGAACUUUUUGCCUAUCAUACUAAAAUCUUUUCAGAAAGAGAAAAAUGUAAUGCAUGAAUAUAAUUUGGAAGUUCGUGAAUUGUAUAAACUAAAACGGAACAACUGUCAUCUUCUGAAGAAGAAAUUUAAGUACUAGCCAUAAUUGAAUUGGAACAAGAAUAACAACGUAGAUGUAUACAUAUUAAUUUAUGCUCCCUUAAACUUAGAAAUUUGUGUUAUUUGUUCAUAUUUUUUAACUUUGAAUGAAAUAUUCAUACGUAUAACCUAUAAUAAAUUUACAAUAGAACAAUAUAUUGUGUGUAUUCUCCAUGUUUAGUGUUCUGUAUUUCUCAAAAAUUACUAUAUCGAUAUGUCUACGUAGCUUCUUAGGUGUGCAAAAAAUGCAUACAUAUGAAUGCAGAGCUAUCAUUUGAUUAUUGUAUGAAAACAUGACCAAUCCAAU